CAUCCUUCAUAUCCUUUCCCAGAACGAUCUUCGGGCCAUCUACUUGAUAAGGUCGCGCAUGCUUCGUGGAGCUCCCCAGCGGAAGACAAAGCAUUGCGCAUCACUGGACGAGUCAAUCUCACAGUCUGAAGGAAUGAGGCUGCGAAAUCGGCUCCACAUAUUGAGGCAACGAUGGCAUACCAUCCCUUAUGGAACAUCGGACCUCGGUCGUCGAUCACCAACAAACCAGCUGCCACAUGAAUGACUGUAUCUGUUUUAUGGGUUUUUUUUCAUUUUUUUUUCUCGCUAUCACUGGGGUAAGGUCGCGAUUUCUUUCUCUAGUAAGGCUCCCGUCUAGGUGGAGACCUCGAGAUUCUCUUUCAUCCAACUUAUUUAGACGGCAAUUACGGCAGAUGGAAGCUUCGUUCAAGGCUUCCACAGUACUACUACUUCCUUUCGGUAUUUAUAUCAUCUUUCUGAAACAUGAUACUUAUCAGGUUCACCUGUGGCGAUCAUCCGUGCUGAUCUCUCAGGGACGUAUUUGCGCGCACCUACUCAUCCAGGAUCGACAGGAACGAUGCCAAAAAUUUGGUCUCCCAUGGAACCACUACCGGUUGCCUCUACGGAGUACCUUCUGUGGCCCACACCCCUAGUCUCAAUAUGCUCUCAUCCCAAAAGUUUCGCGAAUCGCUUUUGGUAAUAGGGUUCGCAAUGCCGGGUGUUUACCGAUCAAUCCACAUAGCAGUACUAGAGAAGUAGUCUGUUCCUGAUCUCAUUACUCUAGAGCAGGGGGCGCUGCCCCCCCUUGGGUCCCCAGGGUGCCCUGGAAGGUUUUGU